AUGGACGGCGGCAGCGAGCUGGGGGUGGCGCCCAAGGCGGGCGCGGGGCCGUGCUCGGGGCGCGGGCCGCGCGCGUCGCGGCGCUGCCUGCUGGUGACGGCGGGGGCGGCGGUGGCGGCGCUGGUGGUGGUGGCCGUGGUGACGCGCCACGUCACGCUGCAGCAGUGCGCCUCCGCCGCGGGCGGCAGCGGGGCCGGCGCCGCAGACUCUAUCCCCGGCAGCGCCGCCGCGCACGCGCACGGCGGAGGCGCCAAGCGCCUGGUGCGCGACGUGCGGCUGCCCGCCGCGCUGCGGCCCAUCUCCUACACCAUCACCAUCGUGCCCUUCAUCUGGGCUGCUGAUCCAGUGGGCAACUUCACGUUCCACGGCAGCGUGGUCGUCCUGAUGGAAUGCAUGGAGGACGCCGAUAACGUGACCCUGCACUCGGAGGAGCUCCUAAUCGACGAGAGUUCCGUUCGCCUGACGCAACUUUCAGCAGUCGAGAACGGAACGGGCACUGAGCUGCCGGUGGAGAGGCUGUCCUUCGACCCGGACCGGCAGUUCGUCGUGUUCCACGUGGGCGGCGGGCAGCGCCUCAGGAGGGACUCCCGCUACCAGCUGGGCCUCAACUACACGGGCAAACUGGGCGACGCGCUGCACGGCUUCUACCGCUCCUCCUACAAGGAGGGCAACGUCACCAAGUGGAUCGCGACGACGCAGUUCCAACCGACGGACGCUCGGCGGGCCUUCCCCUGCUUCGAUGAGCCAGCGCUCAAGGCGACCUUCUCCAUCCGGCUGGCCAGGCCUGCCAACGCCACGAGCAUCUCCAACAUGCCCCGCGUCGGACAACCCACGUCCGUGGCGGAGCUGGCGGGCCACGAGUGGGACCGGUUCGAGACGUCGGUGCCGAUGUCGACGUACCUGGUGGCAUUCGUGGUGUCGGAGCUGGGCCGCGAGGCGGACGCGCAGUCGCGGUUCGCGGUGUGGGCGCGGCCCGACGCCCUGCGCCAGGCGCGCUACAGCCUGCAGCUGGGGCCCAAGCUGCUCAGCUUCUACGAGUCCUACUUCGACAUCUCCUACCCGCUGCCCAAGGUCGAUAUGGUCGCGCUGCCCGACUUCGCCGCCGGCGCCAUGGAGAACUGGGGGCUCAUCACCUACAGGGAGACGGCGAUGUUGUACGAGCCCGGCGUGUCGACCAACAGCAACAAGCAGAGCGUGGCCACGGUGGUGGCGCACGAGCUGGCGCACCAGUGGUUCGGCAACCUGGUCACGCCCAGCUGGUGGUCCGACCUCUGGCUCAACGAGGGCUUCGCCAGCUACAUCGAGUACCUGGGAGUCGACGCGGUGGAGCCGACGUGGAGGGUGCUGGAGCAGAUGGUAACAGCCGACCUGCAGAACGUAAUGUCCCUCGACGCCCUCGAGUCAUCGCACCAGAUUUCUAUCGAGGUGGGCCAUCCGGACGAGAUCAACGAGAUCUUCGACAGGAUCUCCUAUGGCAAAGGUGCUUCCAUAAUUCGGAUGAUGGACCAUUUCCUUGGAACGGAGGUAUUCAGGAAAGGCCUGACCAGAUAUCUGAACAAGUGGAAGUACCAGAGCUCGACGCAGAACGACCUGUGGGCUGCGCUGACGGAGCAGGCGCACGAGUCUGGCUCGCUGCCACGUGACAUGACGGUGCGCCAGGUGAUGGACACGUGGACGCUGCAGACCGGCUUCCCCGUGGUCACCGUCACCAGGGACUACGUCACCGGCGGCGCCACGCUCACACAAGAGCGGUUCCUGGUGAACUCUACGGGCGCGUCGGGCAACGGCAGCCUGUGGUGGGUGCCCAUCACCUACACGGACGCCGAGCGGAGGGACUUCGGCGCGACGAGGCCGCGGACGUGGAUGCGGGCCCAGCCCACCCUCCACCUGGACAGCCUCGGCGCCGCCAACGACUCCUGGGUCGUCUUCAACGUCGAAGAGACAGGCUUCUACCGCGUCAACUACGACGAGACCAACUGGCGGCUGGUGCUGGCGGCGCUGUCGGACGCGGGCUCGGUGGAGACGCUGUCGGCGGUGUCGCGCGCGCAGCUGCUGGACGACGCGCUGUCGCUGGCGCGCGCCGGCCGCCUGCCGUACGCCACGGCGCUUGACCUCACCACCUAUCUGCGCCACGAGACCGACUACCUGCCCUGGAAGGCCGCCUUCAACGCCUUCUCCUACCUCGACGGCGCCCUCAUCCGCUCCGCCGACUACGACGUCUUCAGGAGCUACAUUCUUAAGCUGAUCACCAAGCUGUACGAGCACACGGGCUUCACGGACAACCCGACGGACCCGCAGCUGACGGUGUACAAGCGCGUCAACGUGCUGGGCUGGGCUUGCAACCUCGGACACCAGGACUGCGUCCGCAACGCGCUGCUCCUCUUCCAGAACUGGAGGGCCACGCCGGACCCGGAUACCAACAACCCGAUUUCCGGCAAUUUGAAGAAUGUCGUGUACUGCACGGCAAUCAGAACUGGUGGUGUAGAGGAGUGGGAGUUCGCCUGGGAGCGCUACCAGUCGACCAACGUCGGUAGCGAGAGGGACAUCCUGCUGGGCGCCAUGGGAUGCUCCAGAGAGCCCUGGCUACUCAACAGGUACCUGGAGAAGGCCGUGACGGAGGGCUCCGGCAUUCGACGACAAGACUCGGCUCGCGUCUUCAGCGCCGUCUCCUCCAACACCGUGGGACAGCCACUGGCCUACAGCUUCCUGAGGAACCAUUGGAACAGAAUACGCGAAUACCUUGGUUCUUCACUUUUCACUCUUAGCAGCAUUGUAAGGAGUACAACAAGAAAAAUCAACACACAGUUUGAACUUGAUGAUCUGCUGAAAUUUGGUGCAGAACACAGGCAUGAACUGGGUUCUGCUACAAGAACUCUGGAGCAAGCUAUAGAACAAGCACGCAUUAAUGUUCAGUGGGCACAGACCAGGCGAGAUGAAGUUGUUGCUUGGCUGCGUAUGCAACACAACAUGGCAGAUAGCUAGCACUUCAGCAGUAGUGUUCUGGUGUAUACAAAUUCCACAGAGCACACUAUACUCAUAGAAGUUUGAUGCGUGGCAGGAGAAGGCCUCUUAAAUGUGUCACUCAGAACAGAACUAUCUACACAACUGAUUACUAGAUGUAAAUUUUUUUCAGCCUGAUGCCAGGAGAAGUGGCAACAUCCUUCUUGUGUGUUCCUGGUGUCUUUAUGUCUGUUUCUUUCAUGAGAAAAUGAAAUGAAUCAUUCCAAAACUUAAAGUGGAGCCACAAACUGUCAAUUGCUAUGACUGAAUAUAAAUUGAACUGAAUUAGAAACUGCCACCCCUUCAGUGAAUUCAAAAAUACAGUGCAAAGCUUCAAUAAACAAAGUGAAAAUACUCCAAAUGAAAUAUUUUGAAGUGUUGUAUGAAGGUGGUAAUCACAUCUCCAAUCAAUUCAAAUGCAGUAACCCAGAUGAAUGUGUUUUGCUCGUAAAUUGAAUUUUAUAAUAAAUAUAUCAUUAAUUAACAACAGAAAGUCACUGAAACUUAGAAGCUGCAGCAUUUAUCAAUGUUAAGUGACUGAAUGAUCAGCUUGUAACAAUGUAUUUACACAGCAAGGUUCAAAUAGAUUUAACCAUUUUAAUGACUGUGAAGACAAGAAGACACAUUUAACAAAACAGUUUGCUGGGUGUGGCACCGUGUCAUAACUUAAAAAACUAUACUGGAGAAACCACAAUUUUGGCCAUGGUAACAGUGACCUUCUUCUGGGUCUAUUGCAUCUACUUUUGUAUUAACUGACUCUGGCCAUGGAAGCCUAUUCAAUUAUAUUUAAAAAGACACAUAUAUUUAGAAUUUUAUAUUUAGUUUAUUGUUUUGCCUUUAUAGUAGUUCAACAGCCACAAAAUAAUGUAUAAGCCUCAUUUUUGGAUAUCUGUCUGUGUAUGUAUGAAUUACAAAUUGCAACUUUAUCCUACAUAACUGAAAAUAUUACUCAUCAGUUGCCAUUUGCAAGUAAUGAUCUUUAAAAAAAAAUCUGCAGUGAGCAUUUCCUUUUAUGAAAUAAAGACCUGCAAUAUACAUAUACAUUAAUUUUAAGAAUUUCUACUUUUAAGAAAGUUCUUUGCCCGUUAUUGUAAUGUGAUACUCUUAUUUAUCAGAAUUUUAUGUUUCUUUUAGAAUAUAAGUAUCUGCCACAGUAUCUAUCAUGUAUUUAAAGAGGUUUCACCUUUUGUGUAAGUUAAAACAAAACUACUGCUAAUUGGUGCAUACAAAUUUGAUUAUUUAGCCAUGCAGGUAUUAUAGAAUUAAAUAUCUGGACAAGAAAUGUGAAUGUAAGUUUUGGCCUGUGCUUGAAUGUUUAAUUUCACUGUGAGCAUAUGUGCAUUAGUUAUAGUGAAACAGCACUGCAUCCAGUGAAGGUGUUGGCAAAGUGUUCUAUGGCGUCUUUUUUGGCCUAUUACCUACCAUUGUCUCCAACUAUUUCUCAAAUAAGGAAAAAAUGAAUAAUUUGAUGAGAGAACACAAAAAGUGGUGAAAAGCCCUGAUGCAGCAACUUUGAUAUAUGCUCUCAGACAAUCAUAUUUCUCAUAAGUAUGAGAAAACUAAAUAUGUACACAUGAUAUGUUGGAUUUUAUUUUGUACUUAUAACUUGAAACUACCUGACAUAGUACUUAAAAUGUAAUGUUGUUAACCUAAAGGGUCACACAAAGAUACACCUAUAAUGUUGUUAAUCAAAUACAAGCCAAUUUUUAAUUCUUGUCAUUUUUUGUAUGUCUAAUUUGAAUACAUGUAAGAAUUUUGUAUGUGCAUAUAUAUGUAAUUUCUCAUUGUUGCUGCAGCUGUUUAGAAAAUUCGAGGAAUUAAAUACAAGAAACUUAA